AUUUCCUUCCAAAACGUCACGGUCGUCUCGAUCGGCAUUUUAGCUCCCUUCCUUCCCAAGGGUCAAAGAGUACUGCCUGCUAGCUAGCUUUGCUCAUUUCAACGCAUCUAAGCUAGCUCUAUCCUUGUGUCCCCAGCAAGCUCUCCCACACUCGCAUAGACCGCAUGCACUCCAUGUCCGGAUCAGCAGCAGGAGGAGGAUAUCUUGGCGGGCAGCUCGUCUUCGGCCGGCUUAGUGGUGACCAGCCUGCCGCUGGCUUUGGCAGCUCCUUUGACGACACGGGCGGCAUCUUUGUGUCGUCCCAGAGCUCGGCGCCCGGCGCCGGAGGGGAUGGUGGUGGUCUCACGACGCAGCCGGCCUACGAUUGCUCGAGCGUCACGGAGUACUAUCUGCAGGGCUUCCUGGAGCACAACUACCCCUUGGACGCGGGCGAUGCUGCUGCCGACGCCGUGAAGCAGCCAGGAUCAUCGGCGGCCGAAGAGGAGGAUGAAGGGGAUGUCGACGAGGCGGCGGCGUCGGCCGAUCAUCAGAAAUGCAGGGGCAACGGGUUGAAGAAGAAGCAGAAGAAAAAGGAGGAGGAGGAGAAGAAAGGUGCGAGGCGGGCUCGUGGGAGCCGGCUGGCGUUCGCGACCAAGAGCGAGGUGGACCACCUGGACGACGGCUACCGCUGGCGCAAGUACGGCCAGAAAGCCGUCAAGAACAGCUCCUAUCCAAGGAGCUACUACCGGUGCACGGCGGCGCGGUGCGGGGUGAAGAAGCAGGUGGAGCGGUCGCAGCAGGACCCGGCAACGGUGAUCACCACCUACGAGGGACAACACCAGCACCCCAGCCCCAUCACCUGCCGCCUCCCGCCGCCGCUCGUCGGAGCCGGAGCAACCAUGCUUGCCGCUUACCACUCCUCCCUCAUCGCCGCCGCGGCGCAUUCGCAGGGGCAGCUUCUUCACCAUGACAUCUACACGCCGAGCGACGUCCCUGCUGCCCCGCCACUCGCUCUGCUGCCUCAGGCGGCGGCCGAGUACUACGACGGUCCGCAAGCCCUUCUUCCCGGUUUCGUCGUGGACAACCGUCGGCACGGCCAGACAUAGUUAAAAUCCUUCAACCGGUUACUUUACAUACUUGUAUAUGAGCAGUUUUCAGUUUAGACGUACUUACUGAUCGAUUGAUAUGGGUAUAUGGAUGUGCAGCUAUUGGUUUGAAUUUGCCAUAAAUUUUGAAAUUAGAUUUGAUGUUACAAUUACAGCAAA